UGGCCAAAGUACCUCAAGGGCUGCAAAGGCAACUGAGGUACGCAAGCCAUCAUAUGCGGCCGUAACUGGGACCAUUAAAGUUGCGAUCGUACCAGAGGGUUACCCCAAGAUCGUCCUCAGUAGUGAGGACCUCUCACAGCUCGAGGACGCAUUACUGAAGGAGAUAGUCCUCUCUGGUUGGGAUUCUCCAAUUAAGUUUUUAGGAAUCCACUUCAGGGUGGGUCGCCUGAUAGUGGAUUGCCGCAACGCAACCACUGCUGAGUGGCUGCAAUCAGCAGUCCCCAGCCUCAGCAAGUGGAGCGGUGUCUCCAUGGAGGUAAAGAUGUGCGACGACUUGCCAUCGUCACACAACAUCACCAUCUACUGCCCCAGGACAAGAGACAAGAAAACAAAGUGGAUCAUGGAAUUGAUCAAAACACAAAAUGACUUGUACACUGAGAAUUGGCGUAUUAUGUCAAGGAAGAAUGAGGGUGGUGGCUCGCUCCUCAGCCUUGGCAUUGAUGACAACUCAUGUGCCAAGAUGAUUUCUAGCGAGCACAAGCUGAGCUUCAGGCUUGGAGACAUCUCAGCUUGUGGUCUAAAGAAGGCCAAGGCGAUCAAAGCCGGCAUAAGACGCUUCGAGACUCCUCGAAAUUCACCAGUCUCUGCGGAGAAGAAAAAGCCAAAAAAGCUCCCCGAAUCCAGCGUGGAUCUGACGGAGGGUGAGGAUCUCGAUGCGACCGUCAUCGAGAUGGCGGAUCAGACCCCGUUAUCCUCUCAGGAGCUAGGCAUGGAACUAGACCUUCUGAGUAAGGAAGAAGCGAUACCGGUGGAUAGUGAUCUAGGUAUCUCCAGAUCAGCAACGCCGACGAUGGAGCCGAUCAUCUAAUGGUCGGAAGUACAGGGAUAGCUCAGGUGAACAUCCAUCGCGCCAAGGCGGCCUCGGCUGUGCUGGCAAGGAUGUUCACCAAACAACAUAUUGGGCUAGCCCUGGUACAGGAACCCUGGUAUAACCAGGGAAUGAAAGGACUGUACGUGAAGAACGCCAAGAAUUUCUUACGCGGGACUAUGUACCGAUCAUGGUAGAAGAUGUGUGAGCAGCCAAGAAGACUGUGGUGGCAUCGGCAUACUUUGCCAGUGACGAGGCGUGCCCACCGCCCGAAAUCACUGCACUGGUUGAACACUGUAAGAAGAUGCAGUUACCCAUCAUCAUUGGAUGUGAUGCAAAAGCACAUCACGUGAUAUGGGGCAGCAGCGACGUGAACCAAAGAGCAUUUUCUACGCUUUUAUUUCAGCUCUCCUUCGCCGUGGGAUCGAUCUUUCAUUGAGGAUUAAAAUUGAAUGAGUUUUAUUUGCAUUAAUAUUUAUAUUGGAAAUAAUAUAUAAAACACACUGAGAGUAAUUAAAAAGAAAAGUCAAUAUAAUAAAAAAAAACUUUAAUUAUACACCGGCAAAAAUCACGGAAGCAAAAUAGACAAAAGUAAAUACAUUUAUUGAAUAUUUUUUUCGAUUUAAAACUUUGCUUUCAAUAUAAUUUGAAUAAAUUCUACCCAGAUUAACUCGACUAAUGAAUACACUGGGAACAAUUUUUUGAACCCUAAUGAUAUUGCAGAAGUAAACUUUUAAAUAUUAUAUAAUCGGAUUACAUUUUUAUUUUUUCUGAUUAAAGAAACUGAUUUGGAACAAAAAAAUACAACACU